AUGGCUUCCCGCCACCUCACCUUUUGCCUGAUAGCUCUGGUCCUGGGCCCGUGGCUCUCAAUGGCCAUGGGCCCGGGUUACAUGCAGCAGCUGCGCCAAGAGACUGUUCGCAUGUUCCGACACGGCUUCGAUAACUACAUGGAACAUGCCUUCCCCGAAGAUGAACUGCGACCAGUCACUUGCGCCCCACUCACCCGCGAUCGAGAGAACCCCGCCAACAUUGGCCUGAACGAUGUCCUGGGGAACUACUCCCUCACCUUGAUCGACAGCCUCUCUACCCUCGCCAUCCUCGCUGGCGGGCCCGAAGAAGAUCCUUAUACCGGCCGACCGGCCCUCGAAGACUUCCAGAGCGGCGUAUCGGAGAUUGUGAAGCUCUACGGCGACGGCCGUCGCGGCUUCUCCGGCCACGGUGCUCGAUCCAAGGGCUUCGACCUAGACAGCAAGGUCCAGGUGUUCGAAACGGUCAUUCGCGGCGUCGGCGGGCUCCUGAGCGCCCACCUCUUCGCCAAUGGCGACCUGCCCAUCCCGGGAUACGAGCCGGCGCCGCCCCCGGCUGGAGCAACCCCAAUCCGCCUCCUUCCGGCCUUUUACACCAACACGGGCAUACCAUACCCCCGCGUGAACCUCCGCGACGGCAUCCCUUUUACCCAAACUCCCCUCAACUACCAAUCCGCUGCGGCCCGGGGCACCUACGGGAGAGACAUCACCGAGACCUGCAGCGCCGGCGCGGGCACGCUCGUUCUCGAAUUCACGGUUCUGAGUAGGCUAUCCGGCGACCCCCGUUUCGAGGAAGUCGCCAAGCGUGCGUUUUGGGCCAUUUGGGAAGAGCGGAGCCCGCUCGAUCUCAUUGGAGGCGGCAUCGACGCCGAGCGCGCCACCUGGAUCAGCACCGCUUCUGGCAUCGGCGCCGGCAUCGACAGCUUCUUCGAGUACGCCAUGAAGGCCCACAUCCUGCUUUCCGGCCUCGACACCCCCAACGAGACCGCCGUGUCCUUUACCCGCCGCAACGAGUACAAGCCCCACUGGCAGAACCCCAACGACGACUUCCACCACCCCAGCUACAUGAACGGCAACUACCAGACCGGCGCCGUCGCCUCCCUCUGGAUCGACAGCCUGAGCGCCUUCUACCCCGGUCUCCUCACCCUCGCCGGCGAGCUCGAGGAAGCCGUCGAGGCCCACCUGCUCUACGCCGCCCUCUGGACCCGCUUCCGCGCCUUGCCCGAGCGGUGGUCCCUCCGCGACGGCCAAGUCGAGUCGAACCUAGGCUGGUGGCCCGGCCGGCCCGAGUUCAUUGAGUCGACCUACCACCUGUACCGAGCUACCCAGGACCCCUGGUACCUCUACGUGGGCGAAAUGGUCCUAAAGGACGUCACCGCCCGGUGCCGCACCGACUGCGGCUGGGCCGGUCUCCAAGACGUCCGCACCGGCGAGAAGUCGGACCGCAUGGAGAGCUUCUUCCUCGGCGAAACGACCAAGUACCUGUACCUCCUCUUCGACCCCGACCACGUACUCAACAAGCUCGACGCCCCCUUUGUCUUCUCCACCGAGGGCCACCCGCUCCUCAUUCCCCGCGAGAAGACGGGCAGCUCCCGCUCCUCCGCCGGGCCAGUCGCCGCCCGCACGGAUCUAUACCACGCCGCCGGCAUCACGGGCCUGCACGCGACACCCAACAUCCACGGCGAGGUGGAACAUCCGGUCCUCAAGAUGCCCGACGAGGGCCUCUUCAUCGCGUCCCUGGACGAUCUCAAGCUGCAAAUGGUCCUCGAGACUGACUCUUACGGCCUGUCCUCCAUCUGGCGCAUCGUUUCCGUCAACAACGUGCCCCUCGGCCGCGACGAGAGCGCCAUCAUCGACGCCGACAUCAUCUCCGACAUGACCGACCCGCUCUUCCACCGCGUGCGCGACCAGUCGGCCGCGGUCAAGGGCGGGCCCAACUCCUUUGUCUCCGCGUACAAGGCCGCCAUGCGCACGGUCAAGGACCGCGUGAGCCUUGUAUUCCCGCGCUUCCAAGCCACCAGGACCCCCGUCCCGGAAGUCGGCAGGGCCUCCGCUGCUGCUGCUGCGGCUGCCGCCGCCGCCGCCUUCCGCGACGACAACGAAGACGAGGACAUGUACGACCUCGGCCUCGACCUAGACGUAGACCUGGACAACCUCGACCUCGUCCACGAAAGCAUCGACUCCUUCUUCGCCGCCACGCCCGUCGGCAAGGGAGCCCAACUGGUCCCGGACGCCCCGCUCGCCAAGUACGUCUCCUCCGCCGAUCCCGAAUCCGAGAUCCACCUGCCCUGGACCUCCAUCUACAUGACCGACCAAGCCUGCGAACCCUUGCCCCUCGACGCCCCGCGCAGCCACCAGGUCAUCGUGGUCCGCCGCGGCGCCUGCACGUUUAGCGAGAAGCUGUCCAGCAUACCAAACUUUUACCCCUCCGCCUCCUCCCUCGCCCUCGUCGUCGUCGUGGAUGACGAAGGGGACCCUAGCGAGGACGGCCUCGUCAGCCCGAACCUCGAGCACAUGCAGUUCACCUCCUCCGGCCUCCCUCGGUAUAACCCCAUCCCUCUCGUCCUCGUGCGCACCCCGCCGGGUGGCUACGAGAAAUUCGCCGAGGCCACCAGCAUCGGUAUCCGUAGGCUGUACCAUGUCCAGUCGAGAGGUACGCGUAUCGCGAACCUACGGGUGCGGUAG